UUAAAAGCGAAUACAACCUACCAAAACCUUCCAGGAGAGGAAUACUUGGAAGAACUGUACGACGUGGAAUUUGUACAAUCGUUAAAUUCUAUACGGACGUUAGCCGAGACGGAUGUUAAGUUUAAAAAAAGAGAAAUAACACUUCUUUCGACAGAAUGCUGGCCUGACGAAGACUGUUUGGACAGCAAAAGAGCAUCCGUUAUAAAAUACCGGCAGAAAAUGCAAGCUAUCCAGUGUAUUCACGGAUUAUUUGUUUUGAAUGUCUUGGACGAACUUGAAGCAAUCUUCGAAAACUACUCACAUGGCUGGGCAGAAGAAAAAUUCCUCGGGUGCUCCGUUUGGAAUCCCAAAGUUUAUAUGACCAAAAUGUUGUCCCUGUUGAACAUGGCACGAUGGGACGCUUACUCUUGGCAAAUCAGAGUUUUCACCUUUGUGUCGGGCCUCGAGUCUUCCGACGUGGACUUUGAAGAAUACAAAGAACAUUUCAAAAAUCACAAAGACCUUAUGCGAGCUAACGUGUCAGCGUUCGUUAGCCAAUGUUUCGAACGAACAUAUUUAACGUAUCGUGGCAAUAUAUCCUCAGAGGGGUCAGCGAUAUCCAGUCUCGUCGACGGCGUUUUAGAGCAUAUGAUAUUGUUGUACUCGAGGGAUGUGUUGAACGCCUACAAAUUGUAUGAACACUUUACAGUACAGAAUCUUAUGUUGCUGCGUUUAUCUAUGAAUAACGAUUUCAUUUUCGACUGGUCGUCUGAAGGCUUCGAACUCGAAACGAAGAGUGUCAAACGUCAAUUGACUGACUACUUUGGGCUGUACAGUCAGCAAACAUUGAUUUAUCGAUGGCAAUUGGACCCGAUCAGCCGGAACAAGAGCAAUGCCCUGAUUUUGAAAUGCAUUCAACUAAAGCUUGUUUUUUAUGCAUGGCGUCACUUAAAAACAUACCUCGUAUUACGCACCCGACCGUCAGGCGUUGAAGUACCAAUGGUGGAAAUGUGGAAUACGCCUGUUUCACGUCUCACGAAUACCUUGAGGGAGUUUGGGUUUGGGAACGAAAACAUCUACUGGUCUGCAAUACACAUAAUGAGGGACGGAAUAAAUAAAAUUAGCGAAGAAGAACUCGCGGCACGGGAAGAGUUUACGAGAAAGUAUUUUUGUCAGGCUGCGGAAAAUUUAGGACUCGCUAGUGCAUCCGACCUCAAUCAAAAAUUACAAGAUUUUAAAGUUCCAGAAGACCAUGAUUUAAUUUACAAGAGCAUCGAAGAUAACGACAAAAUGAUAGACGAUUAUAUUUUACGUAUACGAAUUGCAUUGGUACCAGUCGACGGCACGUUUAUUCGUAUAAUAGUGGCAGCUGAAGGAAAUGAAACCUUUGUUACGCAUUAA